AUUCGCUACAAUGUUGAAUCGCCUUUCUCUCCUAGCAUUUCUAGGAUUUGCUGCUCCCUUAAUAUCAGGGACUGUCCUCCCGAUAGUGGGAUCUGAUCCAUCUCAAGUCGCUAUUUACCAAAAGGUUCUUACUGACCAGGAGAGAUUGGAUCCAUUUGCAAAAGAUGGCCGAGCUCGGUCAAUUGCGGUCACUGGGUUUUCUCCAUUGUCGGCCUGCCGCAGACACAAACUCCAACCUUAUAUGCCACCAACGACCGCCGGCUUUGAGGAUGAAAAGUUCGCAGCGUAUGGACUCCCAAAUGGCACCUUUCGAUCUCUAUACCUCGAUACCUGCACUUUGGGCGAAACUCCAAAAUCCGGCUCCCUGCCACUGGUCUUGUUUUCCGGCGCACUCGCUACGUCCCGUACGCUGUACAAUGGACUCCUACAGAGUGUAGCCGCCAAAGGAUACCUUGUUAUAUCGAUUGAUCACCCUUACGAUGCCGACAUCGUUGAACUCUCGAAUGGAACGGUUGUUACAGGCGUGGACAUUAGUGACGAUGAGCUUGAAGCGGCCCUCAAGACGCGGACCGAGGACAUUGCGUUUGUCUACAAUCAAGUUCUCCAACGGUCGCUUCUCAAUGAAAUCUUCCCGAAAUAUCGAACCGGACGCAAUGCGCCCAAAACAGCCGUCCUUGGACAUUCUUUUGGAGGAGCUGCAGCAGCGUCCACGUUGAAACAGAUUGCUUCGAUCAAAGGUGGCAUUAAUUUAGAUGGUACCAUGUUCGGAGACGUAUUGAAGACUGGCUUUGAUCGUCCUUUCAUGCUGGUUGGUCAUGAGAACAAGACGCAGGCAACGGAUCCAUCUUGGAAGGCAGUGUGGGCUAAUUUGAAGGGUUGGAAGAAGGAAUUUGAGGUCAAGAGGUCCGCCCAUUACGGCUUUUCCGAUCUUCCUCUCAUUGCAUCUACUUUGGGCCUUCAAGAUAAACUUCCUUCAGAGGUCGAACAAGUGUUGGGUUCGAUCGAGGGCCGUAGGAUGACGAAGCUGACGGUUGAUCUUGUUGUGGCCUUUUUGGACAUGGUUCUGAAGUCCCGAUCCCAGGAUCGAUUUGCGUGCAUUGGGAAGGAGUUCCCAGAGGUUGUGGAGGCAAACUAAAAGGGCUUUGGAG